UCAAUCAUCACUGCCAUGGCAACAACCAUUCAUCUUUCUUCCACCAUCUCAUUCUCUCUCUUAAAUUCUGAUCUUUCUUCUUCCAAAUAUGUGUCUGACCUUCCAUUUCACUCUAACCCCCGAAGGAAAUACAUUCCACCCUUACCCGCCACUGUCACUGCCACCAUCUCCGACCACACCCAUAGCCAUGGAUCCCAAACUACCUCCUCCAACGGCUCUCCCACUCUUUCUAGAAACUAUGUUGUGGGGAAGGAAGGGGCAGAUUCAGAUGCAGUUAGGAAAACUAAGAUUGUAUGUACAAUUGGUCCGUCUACUAGUUCACGUGAAAUGAUUUGGAAACUAGCUGAAACGGGAAUGAAUGUGGCACGUUUAAAUAUGUCACAUGGGGACCAUGCAUCACACCAGAAAACUAUUGAUUUGGUUAAACAAUACAAUGCUCAAUUUGAAGACAAGGUUAUCGCUAUCAUGCUUGACACCAAGGGUCCUGAAGUUAGAAGUGGGGAUGUGCCUCAACCAAUUUUACUCAAAGAGGGACAAGAAUUCAAUUUCACCAUUAGGAGAGGGGUCAGCUCAGGAGACACAGUUAGUGUUAAUUAUGAUGAUUUUGUGAAUGAUGUGGAUGUUGGAGACGUACUACUUGUUGAUGGAGGAAUGAUGUCUCUUGCCAUUAAGUCAAAAACAAAAGACUUGGUUAAAUGUGAAGUGAUUGAUGGUGGAGAACUGAAAUCCAGGCGUCAUUUAAAUGUCCGUGGAAAAAGUGCAACACUUCCUUCCAUAACUGACAAGGAUUGGGAAGAUAUCAAGUUUGGGGUGGACAAUCAAGUGGACUUCUAUGCUGUCUCAUUUGUCAAGGACGCUAGAGUGGUUCAUGAGUUAAAAGACUAUCUCAAAAGUCACAAUGCUGAUAUACACGUGAUUGUAAAAAUUGAAAGUGCGGAUUCCAUACUAAAUCUACAUUCGAUACUUUCAGCUUCAGAUGGGGCCAUGGUUGCUCGUGGGGACCUUGGAGCUGAACUUCCAAUAGAGGAAGUUCCUUUAUUGCAGGAGGACAUCAUUAGAAGAUGUCACAGUAUGCAAAAGCCAGUUAUUGUGGCAACAAAUAUGCUUGAAAGUAUGAUUAAUCAUCCCACACCAACAAGGGCAGAAGUCUCAGACAUUGCAAUUGCAGUAAGACAAGGCACUGAUGCUAUCAUGCUUUCAGGAGAAACUGCACAUGGAAAAUAUCCAUUGAAAGCUGUUAAAGUUAUGCAUGCGGUGGCUCUAAGGACUGAAUCCAGUAUUCCAAGUAGUAUUCCUUAUCCAAAUCAAUUGAGUUCCCAUAAAAGCCAUAUGGGGGAAAUUUUUGCUUUCCAUGCGACAACUAUGUCCAACACUCUCAAUACUCCUAUUAUUGUUUUCACCAGAACGGGAUCCAUGGCAAUUAUUUUGAGCCAUUAUAGGCCUUACUCAACAAUCUUUGCAUUCACAAAUGAGGCUAGGAUUAAGCAGAAGUUGGCACUUUAUCAUGGUGUUAUGCCCAUAUACAUGCAAUUUUCAAAUGAUGCAGAGGAGACUUUCUCUAGAGCCCUCAAGCUACUAUUGAGUAAUGGUCAUUUACACGAGGAACAGCAUGUUACUCUUGUUCAAAGUGGAGCACAACCAAUCUGGCGUGAGGAAUCUACUCACCACAUACAACGACAAGGACUUGGCAGAACCUGGAGAGAGGGUUGCCACUGGGCUUGAAGUGCCUAUACCUUGGGAUGCCUACAAGAAACAAGAUCAAUGCAGCAAAGGCAAAGCCUGCAGACAACCAGAAACCAA